AAGCGGGUCUCUACGGGGGUAGGCGGGGCCUGCGUGUCCAUGGUAAGUCCGCGGGACAGGGGUGCGCCGUAGUGACCCACCGCCCGCCCGCGGGGCGAUGGUGGUGCCGGGCCCGGAGGCGGCGGCCUUGGGCGGGCCUGGCGGGAUGGUGGCCGACGUGGUAUUCGUCAUCGAAGGCACGGCCAACCUGGGGCCCUACUUCGAGUCGCUGCGCAAGCACUACCUGCUGCCCGCCAUCGAGUAUUUUAAUGGUGGUCCACCAGCUGAGACAGACUUUGGGGGAGAUUAUGGGGGUACCCAGUACAGCCUGGUAGUCUUCAACACUGUGGACUGUGCCCCAGAGUCAUACGUGCAGUGCCAUGCCCCAACCAGCAGCGCCUAUGAGUUCGUCACCUGGCUUGAUAGCAUCCAGUUCGUGGGCGGGGGCGGGGAGAGCUGCAGCCUCAUUGCUGAGGGCCUCAGCACCGCCCUGCAGCUCUUCGAUGACUUCAAGAAGAUGAGGGAGCAGAUAGGCCAGACCCACAAGGUUUGCAUCCUGAUCUGCAACUCGCCCCCCUACCUGCUGCCGGCUGUGGAGAGCACCACCUACUCUGGCUACACCACCGAGAACCUGGUGCAGAAGAUUGGAGAGCGUGGAAUCCACUUCUCCAUCGUUUCCCCCCGAAAGCUUCCAGCACUGCGCAUGCUUUUUGAGAAGGCCGUGCCUGCUGGCAUGAUGGAGGCCCAGCCCAAGGACUACAGCCAGGACCCCAGGCACAUGAUCCUCAUCCGUGGCAUGGCACUGCCAGUAGGUGGGAGCGCAGCCUCCAACACCAUCCAGCCCAAGCAGGUUGUUCCCCAGCCACAGCUCCCCACAGCGCCCCCCCAGCUGCCACCCGCUCCCCCACAGCCUCUGCCGUCUGCUUCGCAGUCCUACCAGGUAACCCCAACCAACUCCCUCAAUGCCGCCCAGGCUGCUGCACAGUCUGCAGUAGAGGCUGCCAAAAACCAGAAAGCUGGUAUCACACGCUUCCCCAUGCCAACGGCCUUCACCCAAGGACCUGCCCAACCCCUCCCUGCUGGCUCCGUGCCCCCCAUGGCCCCCAAGAUGCCACCAUCUUCCCAGCCCAGCCUCGUCUCCACUGUCACCUCCAGCUCCGGCCUGCUGCCCCAGCCACCUGGGCAGCCCCCUCCUCAGCCCAGCGCCCCAACUAUGCCUAGCAGUGUGGCCCCCAGUGGGGUGAGUGUGGCCCAACCAGCAGCCUCCCAGAUUGGAGCUGCCCAGCUGCCUGGGGCCCAGCAGACAGUCGCCAGCAAGGUGGUGGCCUGGAGUGGCGUUUUGGAGUGGCAGGAGAAGCCCAAGCCAGCCUCUGUGGACUCCAGCACCAAGCUGACCCGCUCACUGCCCUGCCAGGUGUUUGUCAAUCCUGGGGAGAACCUGAAAACAGACCAGUGGCCCCAGAAGCUUAUCAUGCAGCUAAUCCCACAGCAGUUGCUGACCACACUGGGGCCCCUCUUCCGAAACUCGCGCAUGGUGCAGUUCAACUUCACCAACAAGGACCUGGAGUCUCUCAAGGGGCUGUAUCGCAUCAUGGGCAAUGGCUUCGCGGGCUGCGUGCACUUCCCCCACACCACACCUUGUGAGGUGCGGGUCCUCAUGCUCCUGUACUCCUCCAAGAAGAAGAUCUUUAUGGGGCUGAUCCCAUACGACCAGAGCGGCUUUGUCAAUGGCAUCCGCCAGGUCAUCACCAAUCACAAGCAGGUUCAGCAGCAGAAGAUUGAGCAGCAGCGCAGUCAGCUGGGCAGCUCCCAGCCCCUGGGCUCAGCACCAGUGCCCAACACCCAGCCCUUCCUGCCCAAGCAGCCAGGAGCCCUGCCCGUGGCGCAGGGAGUCCAGCAGCAGAUGGCCAGCCAGCAGGUGAGCCCUGGGAUGUCCCAGGUGGGCAUCAUGGAUGAUCAGCAGCGACAACAGAGUCUGCUGCAGCUCCGGGUCCAACAGCAGACAGCAGUUACACAGCAGCCACCACAGGCCCCACCCCAGCCUCAGCCACAGCAGCAACCCACAGCCCCUGCCCCCCCCCAGCCACCCCCAGCACCUGGGGCCCCCCAAGCUGGCCCACAGCCCACACAGGGGGGGGCCUUGCUGAGACCCCAGAACCCCGGUGCCAACCCCCAGCUUCGCAGCCUCCUUCUCAGCCAGCAACCUCCCCAGACAGCUGUUCCCCAGUCCCAACAGCCCCUGCAUCACCUGCAGCAACCGGGCCAGGGCAUGCUGCCCCACCAGUCCAUGGGGCAGCCCUUGGGGCAACAGCAGCUCCAGCUGCCUGGGCAGCCUCUCAUGCAUCAGGGCCCUGGACAGCAGUGGCCAGGACAGAUGGCGCCACGGGCACCACUGCCAGGUCAGAUGCUGAUGAACCCCGGGGCCCGGGGCCCUGUUCCCCAGCCGGGGCUGCAGCAGGUCCAGGCUCCCAGUGUCAUGGAGGACGACAUCCUCAUGGACCUGAUAUGAGCAGGGUGGGAGUGGCACAGCCCUGCCCUCCCACCCUGUUCCCAUGGAGGGGUAUGACCCCCCCUCUGCUCCUCUGUACCAUAGAUUUUUUGCACUUCUCAAUAAACCACCUGUUUUUCCCAA